AUGGCCGCCCUGCACCCUCACUCUCAGGGCGUGCGGACCUCACGUGGCAUCACUCUGGCCGGCAUGGAUGGCGCGUGGCUCUUGCUUGUGCGGGGAGAAGCAGAAUCCCAGCUACUGGAUGGAGUACGGUAUGGAUCCAGAGUAGUACCUGGUAAUCUGGGCAGCCUUCAUUUAAGUUUGCUUUCCUCUGCAGAUUAUUUGUGCACUCCAGAGGAAAAUGUUUACAAGAUAGACUUCACCAGGUUCAAAAUCCGGGACAUGGAAUCUGGCACAGUCUUGUUUGAAAUCACCAAACCAGCAACUUCAGAACGUGAACACAAUGACAAGAAGGACAUUGACCCCAAUGCUGGACGGUUUGUACGCUAUCAGUUUACCCCAGCUUUUCUUAGACUUCGGCAAGUGGGAGCCACAGUGGAAUUCACAGUAGGGGACAAACCCAUUAAUAACUUCCGCAUGAUUGAGAGGCACUACUUCCGGGAUCAAUUGCUUAAGAGUUUUGAUUUUGAAUUUGGGUUCUGCAUCCCCAGCAGUAAAAAUACUUGUGAGCACAUCUAUGAAUUCCCACAGCUCUCUGAGGACCUCAUUCGAGAGAUGAUCCUUCAUCCGUAUGAGACGCAGUCGGACAGUUUCUACUUUGUAGACAACAAGCUCGUGAUGCACAACAAGGCAGAUUAUUCAUACAGUGGAGGACCUUGA